UUUUUUGUACACGUUGUCAACACGAACAAGAUUCAAGAUUUAUGAAACCUGACCAAGGACAGGGAAAAAGCACUUUCUUCGUGUUUUCUUUUUCUUCUUUGAAGAUUCCAAGAACUGCCAUUCUACCUUUUUUCUUUAUCAAACCCAAAUUCAUUUGUACAAGGUAAAUUUCUGUUCUUUUAAAAAAGUUAGAAACUCUCUCUUGAAACUGAUUGAUUACUAGAAAAAGAAUCAAUCUUUGACAUCUUUCUUACAUGGGUGAGUUUUUGGUUAUGAAUCAAGAUUACUUCUUUUGAUUGAUUGUCUGUCGAAAUGGAUAAUAAUAAUUAUGGAUCUGCAUCUUCUUACCCAUACAAUAAUCCCUACCCAUAUCCUUAUCAUCAUCAUCCUCCUCCUCCUCCUCCUCCUCCUCCUCAAAAUCCUGCAUAUCCACCUCCUCCUAAUUCAGAUUCAUAUCACCCCUCUCCAAAUUACCCAUACCCUUAUACUCCUUACACGUAUCCACCACCGCCACCUGCAUACGCAUCACCACCACCACCUGCAUACACAUCACCACCACCUCCACAACAGCCACAUUCAACCACUCAUUCAGGCCCUUUAGAUUAUUAUCACCACCAUCAUUCUGGGCCUAUCCCCUAUCCAUAUCCAUACCCAGCACCAUCUCCAAUUCCACCUACACCUACCCUUCAUCAACAUGGUAGUUUCAAUUACAGUAAUUCUCAGUACCAACACCAUUCAAGUCAAGAUAGCACCUUUCGAGGGCCUUCUUUAUCUUCUCAUCAAAGACACGAUAGUUGCCCUCCUUUGGGAACUGCAUCGAAUCAUGAUAGUCACAAUAGUCAUAAUGAUACUGCCAAUUCUUACGCUUCUUCUGCUUACCCUCCUUUGGAUGAUCUGAUGAGUAAUAUGCGUUUGAAUGAGAGUAACAAUCACCCUUCUGCUCCUGCUUCCCCACCUGCACCCUCAGUAACAUCAGCGCCUGAUUCUCCUGUCAGUUAUCAGAGUUCUAGUUUUGGACAUGAUAGAGAUUUUUAUGGUUAUCCCAAUACAUCUGGGGCUUACUUUGGGAGGGUUGAUUCUUCUGGUCAAUACUCUGCUCCUCUUUAUACCCAUUCCGGCUCUUUUAGUGAUUCACAGCAUAGCCAAAGUACGCAGAUUGUGCCUUGGCAGAAUACUAAAGGAUCUUUGAGGGUUUUGCUUUUACAUGGGAAUUUGGAUAUUUAUAUUUAUGAAGCCAAGAACCUUCCAAACAUGGAUAUGUUUCAUAAAACGUUGGGUGAUAUGUUUAAUAGAUUACCUGGAAAUAUAGGCUCCAAGAUUGAAGGACAAAUGAGCCGGAAGAUUACUAGUGAUCCCUAUGUUUCAAUAUCAGUAGUCGGUGCUGUAAUUGGGAGAACUUUUGUGAUUAGUAAUAGUGAAGAUCCUGUUUGGAUGCAACAUUUUUAUGUUCCUGUAGCACAUAAUGCUGCUGAAGUGCACUUUUUGGUUAAAGAUAGUGAUGUUGUUGGUUCACAGUUGAUAGGAGUUGUGGCCAUACCAGUUGAGCAGAUAUAUUCAGGGGCUAGAGUUGAGGGAGUUUACCCAAUUUUGAAUAGUAAUGGAAAACCAUGUAAACCUGGAGCUACAUUGAAAAUUUCGAUUCAGUACACCCCAAUGGAGAAACUCAGCAUAUACCAUCAAGGUGUUGGUGCUGGUCCUGAUUAUUAUGGAGUGCCAGGCACAUAUUUUCCUCUUAGGAAAGGUGGAACUGUGACUCUUUAUCAAGAUGCUCAUGUCCCAGAUGGGUGUCUUCCAAAUUUGAAACUUGAUCACGGGUUUUCCUAUGUGCAUGGGAAGUGUUGGCAUGACAUCUUUGAUGCAAUACGGCAUGCCAGGCGUUUAAUUUACAUUACAGGAUGGUCAGUGUGGCACAAAGUUAGGCUGAUUCGAGAUGCUGAUCCAGAUGUCACAUUGGGGGAUCUGCUGAGGUCCAAGUCCCAGGAAGGAGUAAGAGUGCUGCUUCUUAUCUGGGAUGACCCUACUUCAAGGAGCAUUUUGGGAUAUAGAACAGAUGGAAUUAUGGCAACGCAUGAUGAAGAAACCCGACGUUUUUUCAAACACUCAUCGGUACAAGUGCUUCUUUGUCCUCGCAUUGCUGGAAAGCGACAUAGCUGGGUUAAGCAAAGGGAAGUUGGAACUAUUUAUACACACCAUCAGAAAACUGUAAUAGUAGAUGCUGAUGCAGGCAAUAAUAGAAGAAAAAUCGUAGCUUUUGUUGGUGGACUUGAUUUAUGUGAUGGGCGAUAUGAUGCUCCACACCAUCCUCUAUUUAGGACACUACAAACAGUGCAUAAGGAUGACUAUCACAACCCCACUUUCACGGGUAAUGUUACCGGUUGUCCAAGAGAACCAUGGCAUGAUUUGCACAGCAAAAUUGAUGGCCCAGCAGCAUAUGACGUUCUUACAAACUUUGAGGAGCGUUGGUUCAAGGCUGCAAGACCCCAAGGGAUAAAAAAACUAAAAAUGUCAUAUGAUGAUGCUUUGCUAAGGAUUGAAAGAAUUCCAGACAUCUUAGGAGUUUUUGAUGCCCCUUCUGUUGGUGAAAAUGAUCCCGAAGGUUGGCAUGUUCAGAUUUUUCGUUCAAUAGAUUCAAAUUCUGUUAAAGGCUUCCCAAAGGAUCCAAAAGAAGCCACAAGCAAGCAGAACCUGGUGUGUGGGAAGAAUGUCCUCAUUGAUAUGAGCAUUCAUACAGCCUAUGUGAAGGCCAUUCGUGCUGCCCAGCACUUUAUUUAUAUAGAGAACCAAUAUUUCAUUGGAUCAUCAUACAACUGGAGUUCAUAUAAAGAUUUAGGCGCUAAUAAUUUAAUUCCAAUGGAGAUCGCACUUAAGAUUGCUGAUAAAAUUAGAGCAAAUGAGAGAUUUGCCGCCUACAUUGUUAUUCCAAUGUGGCCAGAGGGUGUUCCAACAGGUGCUGCUACACAAAGGAUUCUAUUUUGGCAGCAUAAAACCAUGCAAAUGAUGUAUGAAACAAUUUACAAGGCUUUAGUGGAGGUUGGACUUGAGAAUGCAUUCUCACCUCAGGAUUAUUUGAAUUUCUUCUGCCUCGGUAAUCGUGAGUUCACAGACACUUGUGACACUUCAGUGGUGUCAAGUCCUACAGCUGCAAACAAUCCUCAGGCUCUCAGUCGGAAAAGCCGGCGAUUUAUGAUAUAUGUCCAUUCAAAAGGUAUGAUAGUCGAUGAUGAGUAUGUGAUAUUGGGGUCUGCAAACAUAAACCAGCGGUCAAUGGAGGGCACCAGAGACACUGAAAUCGCAAUGGGAGCAUAUCAGCCUCAUCAUACCUGGGCAAGAAAACAGUCUAAUCCAUAUGGACAGAUACAUGGAUAUAGGAUGUCACUGUGGGCCGAGCAUGUUGGAGGUAUUGAGGGCUGUUUCACACAACCGGAGAGUCUUGAAUGUGUUAGAAGAAUUAGAACUCUGGGCGAGAUGAACUGGAAACAGUUUGCAGCCGAUGAAAUUACAGAGAUGAAAGGGCACCUGCUAAAAUACCCAGUUGAAGUUGAUAGAAAGGGCAAGGUGAGGCCAAUUCCUGGAUGUGAAACUUUCCCUGAUGUGGGUGGAAAUAUAGUAGGUUCAUUUCUUGCCAUUCAGGAGAAUCUGACCAUCUAAGUAGAAUUUUUACAGGCAAUAGAGCAUCUUGAAAGUACAAAUUUUGAUUUACCUCCUUGUAUACAUUUGUGCUGUAAAAAUCUCUAGCUCUUCCCCUGUGUCUGGAGAUUAGCAUUAUAUUAUUCAAAAAAUUGUUAAUUCUUUGUCUGUAUAUCUUUAAUCCUUGCUUACUCAAGUGUUCCUUCUUCUUACUCCAUGAAGAUGCUUGUAUAUUUGUAUAUAUGUAAUAAAGAUGACAAGAGUCUGAGACUUUGCAAA